CACGGGCCGAGCGAGCGCAGCGCUUCCUCACUCGCACCGCGUCCAACACAUCAGCUGCUCCGCGCCCGGAGUCCUGGAUUUACCUCUGAACAAAGAAGAGUGCGAUUCGCCCCAUCCCGGUUAGGUCAGUGAUGGUCAGUGCUGGUUAGAGCCUGCAGCCAAGGAUGUCUGCUACGGAUUCGGACAACUCCAUUGACUGGCUGGCGAGUGACAACGAGGACGACGAGAGCGAGAGGGAGUCUGACUGUGCUGGAAAGCGCAGCCAGACAGAGGCUCCUCCGUCACACCUGGGCCCAUCUGAGAGCAGCAGCUGCAGAAGCAGCAAGGUGAAGGAGGGUGAGAGUAACUGGAGCGAGGGCAGCGAGGCCUCCAGCCGGGGGUCUCCCUCCAGCUGCACAGAGGCAUGGGACAGGGAUGCCACUGAACUGUGUCAAACACAACAGGGACAGAAAUCAAAUGCUAAAAGUACUCUGCAAGCACUGAAGAGGCCUCACAGUGCCACGGUGGACGAGCGUAAGGAGCUGCAGUACAUUUCCAGCAAGUCAGAGAAAGACCGAAUUUUCACCAGAAAGUGUAUGGAACUACAAUGCUACAUUCAUCCGCUGUCAUCAAUCUUGAAUGGGCUUCGUUCAGGGAGAUACAGAGAACGACUCAGCAGUUUCCAGGAGAGUGUGGCCAUGGACCGGAUUCAGAGGAUCAUGGGUGUCCUUCAGAACCCCUGCAUGGGGGAAAAAUACAUCAAUAUCAUUCUUAAAAUGGAGGAAAUGCUAAAGAGCUGGUUCCCCAAUGUGAAACCCCACGACCAACUCACUGUCACCCAGACAGAGGAAGCUACUCCUACCAAGAAACUCAAGCUAUCUCCAGUGACCACAGCUCUGGUCAGUGCAGCAGGGAGCCCUGUCAUCAUCAGUGCCCCUCCGGUGGGUGCCAAAGCCCUCAGAGUGACUGACCUCACUCCCCCCGGAGCCUACUCAGCCAGUAACCUGAAGUGGCUCCACACUUCACCCAUCUGCUCCCCCACAGCAGAGCAGGCCCAGGCUGGCCCCAGGCACCUGCUGUCCUCCAGAGACAGAGAGCUUACGCAGGACAACGCCGUGUCCUCCAGCACAGACAGCCACGCUAAGAUAGACUCCAUACCCAGAGGCCCUCCACUGGGCAAAAUCAACGCGCCCUGUCUAGAGAGGCUCCUCAAGUCGACAGAAAGCAUCAUCACUCGCAAGGAGACGGGGGGUGUGAUGGGCAGCAGCUGGUCCUAGUCCAGACAGAAGGCUGGUUGUCCAGCUAAAUGCCCUGCACAGUUCAGCCCAGCCCAGCCUUGCCCACCUUGCCGGGAGCCAGUCAGCUCACUUAGUCCAUUCCAGCCUUCAGGAGAGACGAGAGCCUUCAUAAGGGAUAUCACGGAUUCCUUAUUUAAUGCGGAAGGAGCAUCAGUGAACAUGAACUCUUCGAUAUGAGAACGUGCCCUCUCUGACAUGACAAGUGUCUGCUUUAGUUCCCUUUGUUGACUUAACUUUUUUUCUCCCCCUUUUUCGUUUGCACUCUUGAAUUGAAUAGGAUUGCGUGUGUGAGAGUGGGAAGGACAAAAUUCUCAUGCUGAGAUCCGCAGAGCAGUUUCUAGUGAUUUCACAGCUGAAUUUGCUCCCUUUGGCUCGUAGACACUAUAACAUAGGUUGAUUAUCUGUGAAACAGCUAUCAUGCCUGAAAGGGAAAGGAUUGCAAGAGUAAUUUGUGGUGGGAGGGAACAUUUCAGAUAUCCAGACUUGUCAGUGGUCUACAUAUAGUUGUACUGAAAAUGUGGGUGGAAUGUGAUGUCUUUUUUUUCUCUUUCCUUUCCCCUCAUGACUCCAAUCUUAGGUUUAUUGAUGUGACUGUUACUCAUUUGUAUACUUUAUAAAUAAGUCUUUUGGUACAACUGUUCUACCUCAGCGGGCACCACGUAAAGGUUAGCGGGUAGGAAAGUGACCGCUACACUCAAAGACUGAACACCUCACGAGAUCUGCAGUGAGCCAAACGGCCUCCGGUGACGAGGUCUAGAGUACGAGUUGUUGUGCUUGUGCAAACAGAGGAUGCUCUCUCCAUGGGGACGCUCUUGUGGCCUGACUGGUGCCAUUGUAAAGAAUGUCAACUGCAGUUUUCUUUUGAGUCUCCCAGUAGAAGGCAAACAGUGCCUGUAACGUCAAGCUGUGCCUGGAAGCUGGUUUAAUAAAGAGAGAGAACCGUUCAGAAUACCUGAUCCUCUGAGGGAUGUACAAAUCAGGAAUUCCCGAUCUCCUGCCAUUUCCCGUUUUGAGUAAAUUAUUCAGAUCUUGCCAACUACUUUUCUGUGGUCAAGUAGAACAACUCUUAUGUUUUGCCACAGAACCGAACAGUAUGGUAGACCAGCAGAGAGGGACAAGGUAUUUCUCUGUGUAAAUGUUUCAAAACGGUUGUCGAUUUACCCUGAAAAGUGGCCUUUAUAGUGUGAAAUUUUAUACUUUCAAAAUAAAUGUGGUUAUAUUUGUUUGACGCAAAA